AACCGAUUCCACAAGCGCUGGAGUGCCAAGCAGCCGUGGCCAGCCGCCGCAGGACUCGACGCCGCCGCGUUACACAACAAUGGCAGCGCAGGAGGGCGAGGUCACGGCCAUCUCCUUCGACGACUUCGACGAGGUCUGGGAGGAGGAGGACGCGCCGGCCGUGCCGUCGCCCGGCCGCAUCGAAGAAAUUGAAAAUAAGAAGACCGAGGUCGAGCUCACACGUAUAACAAGGGUCCGCGACGCGGACUUUACGAGAAUCGGCGUGUUGGGCGUCGGGUCGUUUGGCAAGGUUGUCCUCGCCAAACAGAAGGCGACAGGUGAUCUCUAUGCAUUGAAAUUCGUUUCACUGGCAAGGUUGCAAGACCGGAAGCAGUUCGAUCGCGCUCUGGAUGAGCGAGCCAUCUUAGCUACUUUAGAGCAUCCCCACGUCGUCAAGCUGCAUUUUGCCUUCCGAGUGAAGGGCCACGCGGUCCUCGGGUUUGAAUAUUGUGCUGGAGGAGAAUUAUUCCACCACCUCUGCAAGAAACGAGUGUUGGAUGCGAAAGCGACGGCCUUCUACGGGGCGGAAAUAGCGUUAGCCCUGCAGUGCGCGCACGAGGCGGGCGUGGUUUAUAGAGAUGUAAAACCAGAGAACUGCUUUCUGGACCAUAGGGGCCACCUGAAGCUCGGCGACUUUGGCCUGGCGCGCGCCGGCGUUACUUCACCGUUUCGCGGGGCGCACAGCGUCUGCGGAACACCAGAGUACAUGGCUCCGGAUGUCUUAGCGCGAAAGCCGUCGGGCUACGGCACGGCCGUCGACUGGUGGGGCCUGGGCGUCUGUUGUUAUGAACUGUUAACAGGAUUGCCGGCGUGGUACACGUCGGACCGACGGAAGUUGUUUGACAGGAUCCGGUCAGCACCUCUGAGGUUACCACCGUCAGUCCCUCCCGAAGCGGGCGCCUGCGUCGCGGCGUUGCUGCGAAGGCAUCCGAAGCAGCGGCUCUGCGCGUUGAACGGCGCCGACGAGUUGAGGGGGGAGGCGUUCUUCGCGAGCGUGGAUUUUGACGCCUUGGUGCUCGGGGCGUUGGACCCGCCGAUAGCGCCCUGUCGCUCGUUGUCGCGGCCCGCUCAUAGAGCGAACUUCGACGGGCGGUUCACGACGCUGCCGGUCGACACGCCCGUCGAAGGGCCGGACCCCUCCUUUUUAGAUGGAGACGACGCGCUCGCGACGGGCUGGGAGUUCGUGCGGCCCGAACCUGUGUAA